GUAUAUUUAAAGAAAAGAGAUGCAAUGAAACUUGUAGUCCAGGUAACACAAUUUGCUCGAUUUAGAUUGUGCUCACAAGGGUUGCCGCUAUUCAAUCAUUAGGUCUUUUCUUUCCUUUUCAAUUCAAUCAAUUCUGUGUUGCUUCAGAAUUUAGUGAAAUUGUGUGUUUCAUUUGUGGUCUAUCUAUAUGUUGGAAUUGAAAGGAACGGUGGCAGAAGCAGCAUCCGAAUGUCUGUCCUCAAUCUCUGAAGCACCGCAGAUUGGAGGAGUUACUAACAAGUGCAGUUCAAAAAAGAAAAACAAAAACAAAAAACAAGUUGCUAUGAAGCGCCCAAAGUGUUUUUCUCCCAAGUAUACUACCUUUUGUGACCACACCAUAGUUCGUAAGAUGAAGGGUCCCCGUUUAGAUGUGGAUGCUAUUUGUGCUUCAAUGCUAGAGGGUUAUGAGAAGAACAAGGUUUUAUGGGCGGCAAAACAACAGUUGGAGGCUGCGGCUACUCAUAUGGGACCAUCAAGUCGGAAGAAGAAUGAGACCACCAAGAGGAAGAUGAAGAAAAACAAGAGAAGCAAGAUGAAGAUACCAUUUAACUUUUAAUUAUAGGUUGGAAUCAUGUGUGUUAGUUAGUUAGUGGCUUCUUAUGUUAUAUAUUAUGUUUUUGGUUACAGAAUUACAUUCUCUCUAUCAUGGAUGUAUAAUAAUCACUCUACUUUCUGCAUGUUUCUUAUUCUUAAUUUUAUCUAAUAUAAACUACUUUAUCAUCAUUUGCAUUCAA